AUGGCCAGCUCACUAAGUACCUUCACUCGGGUUCUACCGCUUCCUUUCGUAGGACGGGUGCCUACGGCAGAGGGCGAUCAGGUCGUCAAUGAAGGACUUCCACUGCUCCACAAUCAACUUCCACUGCCGACCAGUCCACCUCGCAGAGACUUGAGAAGCAAUGACUCAAUGACAUUAGAAGGCGACUUGGAGCUUCCACCUCCAGUCGUGCCCAUUCGGAAGUCCCCAGUAGGAGGCCGGCUUGGGACUUAUGCUCCCAACUGGACAAUCGUGGGAGACCCCUACGUCCUGUCCAUGUUAGCCAGGGAUUCCAGUUACCAGUCAUCGGGAAUCCUCCGCUCACUUUGUUCCCGGCUCGCAACUUAUCCCGAGCAACAGCUGGCUGUUCUUCAGUCCACGAUAGACAAUUUACUCAAGAAACUUGCGAUAGAAUCCCUGGGUCCGGCACCGACCGACCCGGGGUUCUAUUCUCCCAAUCUUUCUGGUGCCCAAGAAGGAUUCGGACAAACUGAGCCAGGAGACUUCAUGGUCAGUUUGGAUCUGCAGGAUGCCUACAUCCACAUCCCGAUCUUCCCGGCUCAUCGCAAGUUCAUUCGGUUCAUCUUCAAGGGCAUCCUAUUUCAGUGGCGUGUUCUCCCGUUUGGAAUUUCUUCUGCCCCGUGGCUGUUUACACAGAUAACGAAGUCUGUCACCAGUUUCCUCCAUCGCAAGAGGAUAGUCUUCGAAGCUUAUAUCGACGACUGCAUUCAGCCACAGAACGAUCAUGCCCUUCUGCUUCGUCACAUGCAGUUUGCAAUACAGUUUCUUCCCCAAUUAGGCUGGUUAAUCAAUCUGCAGAAAUCAGAACUAGUCCCGAUGCGCCGACUUCAAUUCAUCGGAGCAGUGUUCGACACAGAGGUCAACAAACUGUUUGUCCCGAGUGAUCGCUUCUGCAAGAUACAGCGGUUGGUUUCCCCAGCACUAGCGCAACCCAGGACGCUUCGUCAGUGGCAGGAGCUCCUGGGCCUCUUGACAUCGGCUCAGGCAUUGACCCUCCAUCCCGUACAGCUGUUUCUGGCACUUUAUAUCAGAGUGGGAGAUCCUGUUCCUCUGAUCCCUCUACCUCUGGAGCUCCAUCCUCAUCUUCAAUGGUGGAUGGAAGAAUUGAAUGUUUGUGACGGAGUCUGUUUAGAGCCAUUUGUUCCAUCUCACCACCUGUAUGUGGACGCGUCUCAACACAAGUGGGGAGCUCAUCUUCUCAACAAACAAGUGGCAGAGCUGUGGUCUAUCGUAGAUCGCACGUGUCACAUCAACAUUCUGGAGUUCAGGGCAGUGAUUCUGGCAAUCAGUCACUGGCAGAAUGCCCUACGAGCAUCGUCCCUCAUGAUCAGAUCGGACAACGCAGCAGUGGUUUGGCAUAUCAACAGAAUUCUGGUGGAUUCUCUCAACAUCAUGAUGACGUCUCCGACAGUAGAUCUCUUCGCCACGAGGUUCAACCAUCAGCUGCCUCAGUUUGUGUCACCAAUACCGGAUCCUCUGGCCUGGGACCUCGAUGCUCUAGCCAUCCCAUGGGAAGAUCUGAACGCUUACGCGUUUCCGCCAGUGGCCCUUCUUCCUCUCAUUCUAGUAAAACUGCGUGCAACCCAGAGGAUGACUCUGCUCUUGGUUGUGCCCUACUGGCAAGCCAGAACGAAGCCUCAUGAGACUCGAGCUCUUGCGUCUACUAUGGCCCUUCACAGGAACUGUUCCCUGCAGUCCAUCAUGGAGGGCUGUUUUUGGAGAUCCGACACGGUGUUCGCUUCGGACUACCUAUGGGACCUCUCGGUGACAUACGUGGAAGGCCUACAUGAAUUCGGUCCCUUGGUACUGGCACAGCAAUUGUCUUUGGCCCGCGCUCACAGAUAA